AUGGGCAUCGUCGACUUCGUCGUGCUUGCAGGCAUUCUGACAGUCUCCCUCGGGGUAUCACUGCUUAUCACAGUGCCUUUGACGGGUGCACUGGUUCGCUUGCGAGCAAACUACAACCCGCGCGGAUUGCAGCUCGAUGCAGAGGGCAACAUAGAGCCUCAUACAGGCCCUGUGGUGACAUCCUUCAUCGGUAUGCUGAGGCGUGUUAAGCGUAUUGAGGGCUGGGCAGGUCUUUAUAAAGGGCUGAUGCCGACGUUGUUGUUCAGCCUCGUGCUGACUAUCUUCGCCGUCACUGUUCUGGACGCGAAUUCGCCCAGCCGCGCUGGCAGGGUUGAUCCACCCACCGCCGGUGUGCUUGGAACGCUGAUGUACAGCCUUUUGUCGAUGCUGGUGUCUCUGCCAUCGGCCAUCAUAACAUACCGGUCGAUCACGACUCCCUACAAGUUGCCGUACUUCCGCCCACUCUAUUCCCUCAGAAUUCUUCUCACUCCGACGGAACGCAAGCGACCUUGGGUGCUCUACUCCACACCUGGUCUGCUGACGGCAGAAAUGCUCCACGUCGCCUACACAGCGCUCCUCCUGUCUGGCCUUCGUUCGCUCCUAUUACCACGACCUAGCUCAGAGGACAACACAUUCAGCACCUUCAGGUUCGGCUUCUAUCUUCUAGCGGAGAUCCUGAGCACGGCCAUCAUUUGCCCGCUGGAGGUCAUCAUCACAAAACUCGCGAUCCAGCGUAAUCAUGCUGCGCCUGAAUACAAUUCUGUGGAGCAGGAAGUCGAAGACGACGGUCUUGACGGCGAAGAAUACACAGAGUACGCCGGCACCGAGGAAGAUGUCAUUGGCCUACGCCACGAGAAGGACCCGUACCUUGGCUUUGUCGAUUGCGCCAAGCGGAUCAUUGAAGAAGAAGGCUGGACCGCGCUCUACAGAGCGUGGUGGAUUACGAUGUUGGGUGGAAUCGCAGGUGCGCUACCCACAGCAAUGGCCUAA